AAUUUAAUCUUUCAAUUCAGGACCCCCAGUAUCUCAUGAGAAGGAGAUGAAGCAUAUUGCGAGGAAAGGGGAGGAUAUCAGAAUAGAUUGUCCUAUCGUCGGCAACCCGGCUCCUAUCAUCGAAUGGAGGAAGGGUGAGGAUAUCAUCGACUACUCCUGGAUCCGGAUCCGGACAAGUAAACGAUCCAUGAAGAUCCGGAAUGCACAGGAGGAGGAUACGGGAAUGUAUUAUUGCAAAGGCGUCAAUGGAUUUGGAAAUACACAAGUUCGUGUAGACCUCAUUAUAAUAGAUCCGUCCGAGUUUCCUGAACUAGGAGAUGGAGAACUACCAGAUAUAUCACCUCCAUCCUUCACUCAACUUACACAAGAAGCAAAGGAGUUCUUUAUCAAACAGUCUGGGGACUCCUUUAAAGUAACCUGCGAGGCUGUCGGAAAUCCUAAACCGGAAAUCUUUUGGUUCAAAGACGGACUUCCGUUUGACGCAGACGGGAUUAGAUAUAAGAACGGGAAAUCGACGAUUAAGCUCCGUAACCUGAUGAAAGUAGAUUCUGCAGUGUACACAUGUCGAGCUCGUAAUAUUAUCGGCGCAAUGUCGAAAAAUUUUACACUAAAUGUGGAAGUACCUCUUGCCGAACAGCCUACAGUUGUAGGAAAUGGCAACGUCUCCGUUCUUGUCGGGGACACUGCCUCUCUUCAAUGCCGGGUCAGCUCUGGAGAUCCACCCCAUAUUAAAUGGUUGAAAAAAGAAAAUGCGGGAACCCCAAGUGAUAUGUUUACGAUUACAGUCGGUGAUGAUAAAUACAGGGUGAUCCAUACAGGAGGAGAUAUUCCAGUAGGAGUAGGAGAAUAUCUCAAUAAACUUGUUAUUCCAGACGCACAGGAGUCAGACUCUGGAUUAUAUAUUUGCUUUAUAACAAACUCCGGAGGAAGCUUUAACUACAAACCUUCAUAUUUAAGAGUAUACCCGGCAAGUAAGGAACCGUUACCGCCGAUGGCGGGUGAAUCAACACAUAUUCUGGCUCUGGUCCUCUGUCUGGGAAUUACUGUCCUGCUUAUUCUCGUCUUUAUUAUUGUAUGCGUUGUCCGGAAGAGUUCAAAGGCUGAGAUUCCUGAUAGUCCUGAUGUCGUCCGAACUCUUAUGCCAGUGUCGAGAAGUACUGAAUCCAACGCGACUAUAACUACUGUCACGUCAAACAAAUUUGAUCAUCCCCUCCCACCACCACCCUCAAUGAUGUGGGGUCAGAGCACCAUGAAAUCCAACCUAUAUAUUGGCGCUUCGCGCGAGUUUGUCUCACUCCACGAGAACUCUUCGACCAACCUGCUGUCGGACCGGGACAGUCCCGUGAGCGGGGGGAACCAAUAUGAGGUUCCAUACUGCUACUCAGUUCGUACUCUGGACAGUCAAUUAAAACAUUCAGUUACACCAGCAUCAGAUAGAUAUCCUUUCAAACAAUAUCCUUACUUUCAUUAUCUAAGUGAUUAUGAAGCUUAUUAGAAACAAUUAAAAUGGAUUUUAUAAAUUUUUAAUUUUGAGAGAAUUUCAUGCUGAUUUAAAUCAGUCAAAACAUUCUUGAGACAAAGUAUUUGUUGAUUGUUACAGUGAAGUAGAAUGAAAAACUAGAAUGUGUAUGACAAGUAGAUAUAAAAGACAAGAAGCUAGGAGAAUCUGAAACUUGAUGUUAAGACAAAUUAUUUGUUUACUUUGUUCCUUUAACCAGACUGUGAUAUUAUAUAAAGUUUUAUAGAUUUAAUCUUGGAUGUAAUAAAUUAUUAAAAUGUGA